AUGGAUUGCUGGAAGGGAAUGGAAGGCCGCAGCUGGAUUUAUCCCACAUUGAUCAUCUGUGCAAAUGGAUUUUUCUCCACCAUGAGGCCAUCGGAAGCUUUUCUCACUCCUUAUCUAACGGGGCCAGACAAAAACCUAACACUUGAAGAGGUGACCAGCAAGAUUUUCCCAGUCUGGACAUACUCCUACCUUGCACUCCUCAUCCCAGUGUUCCUGAUGACAGACUAUGUGCGCUACAAGCCUGUCCUCCUCCUCCAAGGCGUCAGCUUCAUUGUCACCUGGCUCCUGCUCCUCUUUGCACAGGGAGUGGUGGCCAUGCAGCUGGUGGAGUUCUUCUUUGGCUUGGUAACAGCCGCUGAGGUCGCCUACUACGCCUACAUCUACAGCGUCAUCAGCAUCGACCACUAUCAGAAAGCCACAAGCUACUGCAGAAGUGUCACUCUUGCUGCAGCCACUAUUGCUGCCGUGCUGGGACAGCUGCUGGUUUCCUUGGCACAUGUUUCCUACUUCCACCUUAAUGCCAUUACUUUGGCUUCCGUGUCCUUGGCCUUUGUGUGUUCCUUCUUCCUCCCAAUGCCCCAGAAGAGCAUGUUCUUCCACAGGAAAGACAGCCCAGAAACUCUUCCAGGGCCACAUAAAGCAGGCACCACACUCGACUCCCACAGGCCAUCAGACUGCCAAGAAGACAAAAGCUCCACAGUGUCUGCUGAGAGGAGACCAGCACCCAAGAAACCAGCUGAAAAUGCCAAACCCCAGAACCACAUGCUGGGAGUACUGGUGCAGCUGGGCCAGGACCUGAGGGAUUGCUACAGCUCCAGGAAACUUCUGUGCUGGUCACUGUGGUGGGCCCUAGCUACCGCUGGCUAUAACCAGGUCGUGAAUUACAUCCAAGUGCUGUGGGACACCAGAGCCCCCUCCCACAGCUCAGCAGUGUACAAUGGGGCUGUGGAAGCAAUAGCUACAUUUUUGGGCUCAGCAACAUCCAUGGCAGUUGGAUACGUCAGAUUAAACUGGGACCUUUCUGGAGAGCUGGCUCUGGGGGUUUUCUCUGCAAUGGAUGCUGGAGCUCUCUUCCUCAUGCACUUCACUGACAACAUCUGGGCAUGUUACGCUGGUUACCUUGUGUUUAAGGCAUGCUAUAUGUUGCUCAUAACAAUAGCCACGUUCCAGAUUGCUGUCACCCUGAGCAUGGAGCGCUAUGCCCUGGUGUUUGGUUUCAACACCUUCGUUGCACUGGCGAUUCAGACCAUUCUAACUGUGGUUGUGGUAGAUCCGAAAGGGCUGGGACUGGAUGUCAGCACCCAGUUUCUCAUUUACAGCAGCUACUUCACAGUCAUAGCUGGCAUUUUCCUCAUCAGAAGUGCAUACAUCAUGAUCUCCAGUAAAUGCAGAAAUGUCAGUGUGGAUGGUGAAAGCACCCAUCAGUAA